AUGGUGCUACCCACCAAGAGAGCAUCGUGGUCCGACGGGCACGUUGGAGAAGCUGCCUCGGUAAUGGUCGCGGUAGGUGGUCAGACCUCGCGACUGGCGAUAGACAAUCGAUUAGGAGACGGGACAUUGGAAACUGCCAUGACAUUGUUGGAGCCGCCGGCCAGGAUGGUAGCGGGCCGUGCAGUUGUUGAAGACGAUCUUGUCAUCGAUGAAAGGCAGGAAGUUCAGGCGGGCACCGCCAGAGCCAAGGUAGGAGGUGAAGGCACGAAUGUGAUGGCUGAUAAAUGCCACUCCCUCCAUCUUCGUUGGACUAAUGGUAGUGGCGCCUUGUUAGCGCUGAGACCAGCAGAAGAUUCAAACUUUCGUGGCCAAUCUUGA